AUGGAACUGGGAAAAGCAAAACUUCUGAGAACUGGCCUUAAUGCCUUGUAUCAGGCCAUACAUCCUGUGCAUGGGAUUGCCUGGACAGAUGGGAAGCAAGUAGCACUGACUGCUUUACAUUUUUAUCAUGGAGAACUCAAGUUUGGUGACUCGAGUGUAAUUGGUCAGUUUGAACAUGUUCGUGGGCUUUGCUGGGGCCCAUGUUGUGCUGUAGACACACCAGCUCUGCUUGCUAUCCAGCAUAAAAAACAUGUCACUGUUUGGCAGCUCAGCUGUAAUAUUUCAGAAAAGAAAAAGCUCCUGGUUUCCCAGACCUGUGAAAUUGGUGAGCCGUUUCCAAUGCUUCCCCAGGGCUGCGUGUGGCAUCCAAAGAAGGAUAUUUUGGCUGUGCUUACUAAACGCGAUGCCUCAGUUUUACAUGCUGUUCGUUCUGAUCACUCCAGGGUUAAGGCGGAUAUCAAAAGCAGUGGUCUCAUCCAUUGUGCUUGCUGGACUAAGGAUGGUAAUCGCUUAGUGGUUGCUAUAGGCAGUGCCCUUCAUUCCUACAUAUGGGAUGAUGCUCAGAAAACUUUAAAUGCUUGCUUCUUUUGCCCAGUAUUUGAUGUGGGAGGUUAUAUCUGUGCUAUAGAAGCUACUUUAGAUUUCCAAAUUGCUGUAGCCACAGAGCUUCCCUUAGAUAAGAUCUGUGGUUUAAAUGCAGGUAUUACAUUUGAUGUUCCAUCUGGUACUGAAACAGGUUCUUUAACUUCACAGUCUACUCUGGUGCUUGGGGAUGAGGAAUAUUCCAUGGAUUUAAGAAGAAAAUCGAUAGAUUCAGAAAAAUCAGUGGCUGUUGAUUCAGUUGCUUCUUCUUCAUCAGGUCCCAUGGAUUUAACCCAUAUCCUUGCAAACCAUCGGAGAUCUGAUCCUAUUCCUCUCAUUCCUCUGAGACGCAAAGACUACGUCCCAGGAAAUAAUCAAGACUCUUCAUACCUGAUCUUGGUGACUUUUGAGAGAAAAGUAACCACCACCAGAAAAGUCAGCAUCCCAGGCAUUCUCGUCCCUGAUAUAAUAGCUUUUGACCCUAGAGCUCAAAUUGUGGCAGUAGCCUCCAAUACUUGUAACAUUGUUUUGGUUUAUUCAGUAACCUCUUCCUGCAUGCCCAAUAUUCAACAAAUCCAACUGGAGAAAAGUGAAAGACCAAAAGGAUUGUGUUUCUUCACAGAUAAACUUUUGUUGAUUUUGAUUGGAAAGCAGAAAUUCACUGACCCUUCUCUCAUUCCAUCUUCAAGUUCAGAAAGAUACAUUAUUCGUUUAAUGAUCAAAGAAUUAAUAUUUGAAGAUUUUUCAGCACCAUCUGAUGCCAACCAGAAUCUACUUUCUAAUUUUGAAUCCUCUGUGAAUACCUUUGGAAAACGGAAGCUCUUUGAAAAUCUUGCUAUGGAAGACCAACCCUUGAGCAGAGAGCUGUUAAUACCAGGUAGCACUAUCAUUCAAUCCCCUAGUGGUAGGAGAAGACUCAUGGAAGAAGUGAAGAGUCCUAGUUAUGAACGAAGCUCAUCAUCAAGUGUGAGUGACCUUGAUGAAAAAAGGGUCUCAGGUGACCCAUCCAUUGCAUUGGAAACAUUGGAUGCUGAGCCAAUUAAUCGGUCAGUGGCCCUCUUUGGACUUGGGACACCAACUAAGUUUUCCAACAGACCAGCUUCUCCCAAAGUGCAGCUGGAUGUGAUUCAAGAAACUUCUAUUUCUCAUAAAAAUAAUAACUUGCCAAGUGAAAAAGGAGCAAGUCACAUAUCCAGGAAUCUAGAAAGAUUGUGUGGCAGCUUUGCUGAGUUACAGCUGCACCUUUCUGAAUUAACAGACUUCACUAGAAAUGGAAAGAGGUUAUCUCUAGAAUACCCAUCUUUUCUGGAGCCACCUUUUGUCCACAUCACUUACCAGAAGUAUUUCUCAAAUGGAGCUGUUGCUGAAGAAACAAGAACUGUUCUACUUUGUGACAGCAAGAUCCACCUGAAUUUAGUCCAGCAGCUUUUUGAUCUACCCAUUAUUGAAAUGAAACAUGGUUCCUCUUGGAUUGUUCUCACUGCAGACAGCGAAGGUUUUGUUCCGCUAACGUUCAAAGCAAAGCAAGAGAUAAUCAUAAGGGAUGGAAGUGACAGUUCAGAAGUCUGUGGAAGUCACUCCUGCAAAAAAAGCAUUACUAUGCAACCACCAAGCAGUGUGACAUAA